UUUCAAUGUGUAGUGAUAUGUUGUUCUCCAAUCACUGUAUAGAACUACGUAUGCUGUGCUAGGCGGAUUCCUAGGUCAUCCAAAGUCGUUGGCCAAAUCUUCUGUUUUGAGCUAACUUAGUUUGCACAAUUGUUCAUGUUGGAUGUUAGCCAGUACUUUAGGCAUUUAGCUUAACUGUUAAGUUAACAAUUGAAGUUACAAAGUAUUCAUGGUGCAUUUCUUUAUAAUAUGGUAAAAUUAUUUUGCAGGCCGGACAAUGCAGUACCAGGCGAUGUUUUGGUACUAACAAAACCACUUGGAACUCAAGUAGCAGUUGCUGUGCACCAGUGGCUUGAUAUACCAGAAAAAUGGAAUAAGAUUAAGCUUGUUGUCACUCAAGAGGAUGUGGAGUUGGCUUACCAGGAAGCAAUGAUGAAUAUGGCACGAUUAAACAGAACUGCUGCCGGCCUUAUGCACACCUUCAAUGCACAUGCAGCCACGGAUAUUACAGGCUUUGGGAUCCUUGGGCAUGCUCAGAACCUGGCAAAACAACAACGAAACGAAGUGUCAUUUGUGAUCCAUAACCUUCCUGUCCUUGCUAAAAUGGCAGCAGUGAGCAAAGCGUGUGGGAAUAUGUUUGGAUUGAUGCAUGGCACUUGCCCUGAAACAUCAGGAGGCCUCUUGAUCUGUCUUCCACGGGAACAAGCAGCUCGGUUUUGUGCAGAAAUAAAAUCACCAAAAUACGGCGAAGGUUAUCAGGCAUGGAUAAUUGGGAUUGUGGAGAAGGGCAAUCGUAGUGCCAGGAUCAUAGACAAACCACGGAUCAUUGAAGUAGCUCCAACAAUUGCAACACAAAAUGUUAAUCCAACUCCUGGUGCCACAUCUUAAAAAAAAAAUGCACAUAGAAAAGGUGACUUGUUGCAGUUUUGAUGCCAUCCCAAGAAACUUUGUAAAUUUAACUUGUCUGCCUUGUGUUGGCCUUUUGGCAGAUCAUGCGUGGAUACAAAAAAUAAAUCCAUUGACCUGUUUUUCUGUUACAUUAACUGAAGAUGCACCUAAUACUAAGGCAGCUUCUAAGUUGAGAACUUAAUAUCCAAUACUGUUGAUUCAUUUUGAAUCUUUAGACACUUACUGUCUGUGCCGCAUAGGCUCUCUUAAAGUGCUUCACGUAGAGCACACCUUACCAACAGCAGUGCAGCAGCAUUUCAUUUGUCUGAUCACUAUAUUAGAUGAAAAUUACUUGUCAGCAAAUUUGUUGCCUUGAAAGCUUUUCAGAAAGAGUUACAGUUGUUAUAACGAUUAAUGGAAUGCAGCAGUUUGCAUGAUUUCAUUUGGUCUUUGGUUUGUAAUGUUUUUUCACACAGUUAAGAUGUAUUGUUAGUGUUGACUUUACUCACUUGAUCUGUCUGUAAAAAUGAGUAGGUCCUCUGUGCUAUAUUCGCAUGGCCAGCACUUCACUUGGAAGAGAAAUAUUUCUUUCCAGUAUGGUAAAUCUUAAACAAUAAUGUUAUCAUGGUAUGUUUUCUAUUAUUUUGUAGCAAACACAGAUGUAUGUGUUAGUUUACACUGUGGUUCGCUGUUUUAUCAUGCAGAAAAUGUUACAGACCAAACGAAAGGCUACUGUAAAAUACUCUAAGAUUGAAGCUCAGAAUGAACUACACUAUGACUUUUUAAAAAUAUAAUAAUCAAUUAUGUUGACAUUAUGUGCUGUGGUUAUUAGUGUUAAUACAUUUUAUAUUUUGUAAAGUGAUAUCUGCAUCUGCUUUUCUAUAAAUACAAAUAAUCUUUAGCAUAAUGCUGCUUAGCUUUUAUUUUUUUAAUUAUACUCUAUCAAUUCUCUACUGGUCUGUUUAAUGUGAUUUAUAUUGCUGGUGUCAAAUCUUGAAGUUUAACAUAAUAGUAGUCUAAUGAAUAUUUGAAAUGCCUCUUCCUCUCCCCACAACCCCUGUCAGCCCCCACCUUGUUGUAUGUUACUUUAUUGGUAAGCACAUGCGUUUGUUUCUAUAAUCAUAUAUGUUAAAAGUGUAUAAAGAUUAGGAUUUUGUUUCCUGGGGUCUUUUUUUCCUGCUUUCUCCACCUCCUUUUCUUCCCUUACCCCUUUCCAAUAGAAGUUUCAUAUAGCACAAUAACCCAGUUCAUUAAAUUGGAAAUUUGUUGAAAUUGUUGUUGAUUUCAUUUUUCCCAUUUCCUUACUACCCCUGCAUUGUUAUUUUGAUUAAUUUGUUGUUUUAAGAUUAUUUUCAGUAAUGCAGUGAGAGAUAAAAUAGCUGUGACUUAAGGCUGAUUCAGAAUUCCACGUGCAGCUUUUUGACCAUAGGAGAUUUGUUUGUUCUGAUGUGUGCCACCUUCAUGGUGAAGUUCAUAUUGUGUCUGUGUUUGUGCAUCUGUGUUUGAGAAUGUGGACACUUAAGGAAUUGCAUAUUUUAAUUUGUUUUAAACAGUUCUCUUCAAAUAGAAGGGUAUUGCUUUCUCUGACAUCGUGGAAAACUUCAGUUACUGUCCUACUAUGGUCAACUGGAAGGGGUGUCUAUAAUACCACAAAUUUAUUCCAUCUGUUUACAAACCAUUUCUUUUUCACAAAAACAAUAAGUUUGCAUUCUGAUAGCAACAAUACGUACCCAUUAAAGACUUUUAACCAGUCAUAAUGGACAAAAUACAAGCAGAACAGAUAAUCUAAAGGCGGAGUGGAAAAGAAAUAUUGGAGGAUCAACACAUGACAAACGUGAAACAAGAUGUUUACAUUGCUUUUUUUUGUGCAUGAGGUGUUUGUUAGAAUCUAGUUUAUUCAGCAACCUAGGUACCUUUCUGGGACUUUCGGGAGAAGACUCACAUGGUGGAUGGCAAGUGUCUCCGAUGAUUUCAUUUUUGUUUUUGUGCACUGAGUAGCACUGUCAAAUGAUACUGACCCGAUUGUGGGACAGACUGUUUGUUUGUUUUUCUUCUACCCACUACAGUGCUAACAUUUCAGGUACAAACCCUAACCAGUUCUGUUCAAGCACUAAACUUAAAUUUUUUCCCCUCAUUUCUCCACAGAUGCUACCUUCCUUGCUGUUUCCAUCAACUUCAGUUUUUAUUUCCAACUUCCAGCAUCUGUAGUGUUCUGCCUUUAAGGAAUGAUGCUCUGCCUUCCAGCAUAGCCCAUUUAAUGAGGUUAAUCAUGAUAUCAAAUCUCUUGGGAGUUGGUUAAAUUUUGCUGAAUCAUUGUAUUGACUUUAUUCAUCGUUUACUUUUUAAAAACCUGCACACUAAUGCAACUGUUGCCUUUUUCUGGUUAACUUUCAUGGGUUAGAACAAUUUUCAAAUUUCAAUUUUUUUAUUGUUUGUAUUUCUCAAGCAAGUGCCAGUUUGCAGCUCCCAUGGUACUACUUAAUGUCUUUCAGUAAAUCAACUUGUUCAAGGGAUUCAAUUUUGAUCUUUGCAGUUGCGGUGGCCAAAUCUAUUAAAUACCUGUGAUCAAAGCCCAACACCUAGAGCGGCAUUUCAGAAAACUCGAGGAAUGAAAUGAUAGAUACUGUAAUUUUUAAGUAAAUGUGCAAAGAAAUUGUCAGGCUUUUUUAUUGAGAUCUUCAAAUACAGUUGAGGACUGCAAAAGACUGAGUACUGCCUCAUUUGUUUAGUUUUUAAAGGAGUGAAGCAUGAACCUGGGAAUUGUAAAGACCGUUUGCCUUAACAUCAGUGCUGGGGGAGAAUGCCCAAGAGCAUUCUAGAGAAUGCUAUACAUGUUUGUCUAAAUCUUGUAAAGGUUGUGAGAAAGAGGUGGUAUGAUGUUUGAUUUAUAAAAUGGCUGUGCCUUAGAUAUCUUAAAUUCUGGGUAGGUUUUUUUUGAAAAGGGUAAUCCAGAGGAUUCUCCAUUGUAUUCUUUUUGCUUACUAUUAAUACUGCAGCUCAUAAGUUGAAUAGAAAAGUUUUUUUCUUUUUGAAAAAAAAACAAAUGAGCCUUCUUUUUGAAGCUUCUCGAAUCGAAUUUGAAAAGGGUAAUCCAGUGGAUACAAAUCUACUUGUUUUCUGAUACCAGGUAAAGUUCUAACAGUAAAAGGAAUCUACAGAUAGCAUUAAGUCUGAAUUCUACCUCCUGUUUGAAGAGAACCACAAUUAAAGUGGAUGAUCCAGAGCCAUCUAGUGGUAAUUAUUCUAUACCAUCUGGAUGUAAGCGUCAAUUGAGAAUAUAUACUGAAUUGUCUCUAGACAUUUGUUUCAAUUUACGAAUAAGUUGGCCUCUUUUAUAAGCUUAGGACCAGCUGGACAAAGGACUGCAGCAACCUGCAUAGGAGUUCUGACAAGCCAAAUGUUUAAAAGGUUUUUUGUCUGAAAUAAGCUGCUUUAUGGACCAGUAUUUUGUUGAAACGUUUGGAAAACCAAAUGCUGGUAGUUUGCUCCACGUUGAGCUUCAAGCACCUUUGUAAAUCAAGAGACCAAAUAAAGAGUGAAAAAGAUUGUACUUAUCACUAAUUCUGAUCUCAAAUAAAAUCUGAAAAUUGUGGUCACA